AAGGGCAUAGAGAGUCACGUCGAUUGGUUGCAGGUAGUACCUGUUGGACUACCACGGUGUUGUUUCUGUGUUUGUCUAGUUCCAAGUGGACUAUGUCUGAAAUAUGGCGGUGUGUGUUUCUAUUCAGCCCUGAUUGAGUAAUAUGGCUACCUUAGGAUUGAGUAAAGUAUUCAUAUUAGACAAGUACUUUACGGAACUCCAGAAGUUCUGGGAAACGGAGAAGAAGCUGCAAGAUGCUUCUUCCUCCAACGAAGCCGUUCAUUUGCAACAGCGUCUGCAGAGUCUCAGCACGGAACUGUUGACCCUCAGAAACCGCCUACAUGUUCAGGGAUCCACCACCCCCACACCAACCACCUUGAAGCCUACACCACCUCUGACAGCUUCCCAGCCGAUAAUUCCAUCGCGUUUGGCCACACCCUUGUUCUCGUCCAUACCAGAGCUCAGGGAUCAUGUGCCGAAUGUGGGAUCAGACCUGGAGGACUUGAUACACCUUCAGGGUCCACUGACCGAGGAUGCUGUCAUGAAAUGUCUUCAGGCGAGGUUUGGGAUGUCCAAUUUCUAUACGAACGUUGGACCCAUUCUUCUGUGUAUCAACCCGUACCGAGAUGUCGGUAACCCAUUGACCUUGAGCAGUACCAGAGGGUUAGCGCUAAGCGCUCAACUCAGUAGUGUAGUUCAAGAAGCCAUACGUCAACAAUCUGAAACAGGGUACCCACAAGCCAUUAUACUUUCUGGUACCAGUGGUUCAGGAAAAACUCACGCAUCUAUGCUGCUUCUGCGACAGCUAUUUGAGGUCGCAGGAGGAGGACCAGAAACGGAUGCUUUCAAACAUUUAGCUGCCGCCUUCACAGUAUUACGUUCCUUAGGUUCUGCAAAGACCAGGUCAAAUUCAGAAUCGAGUCGAAUUGGCCAGUUUAUAGAAGUACAAGUAACCGAUGGUGCUCUAUAUAGAACUAAGAUCCAUUGUUAUUUUCUGGAUCAAACCCGCGUCAUCAAACCCCUUGCGGGCGAGAAGAAUUACCAUAUAUUUUACCAAAUGUUAGCCGGACUUUCUAAUGAGGAGAGAGCCAAACUAAACUUGGAGGGUCACAAACCUUCCACCCUCAAAUAUCUGAUGAGUGGUGACACCCGUCAAGAUUUAGCCGAAGAUGCUUCCAGAUUUCAAGCUUGGAAAACUUGUCUUGGCAUCUUGGGAAUCCCGUUUUUGGACGUGGUCAGAGUGCUGGCGGCGGUUUUGCUGCUUGGUAACGUGCAAUUUAUCGAUAGUAAAGGAUUGGAAGUCGACGUCAAAGGAGAAUCGGAGCUUAACGCUGUGGCCGGCCUUCUUGGAGUUUCUGGAGCAACUUUCUUCAAGGGACUGACGACGAGAACGCACAACGCUAGAGGGCAACUGGUCAAAUCUGUUUGUGACGCGAACAUGUCAAAUAUGACCAGGGAUUCAUUGGCGAAAGCCCUGUAUUGCCGCACCGUAGCCACGAUUGUGAGAAGGGCGAACAGCUUGAAGAAACUUGGAUCAACACUAGGCACCCUAAGUUCGGACUCCAACGAAUCAGUGCACAACCAAGCCGAAGUCACGAGCCAACACGCCUCGACGUCUGGGGGAAGCACCAACGCCGGUUCCAAAUCCAUGGCAGCCCUGAACAACGCGGUGCGACACGCAACUGACGGUUUCAUCGGCAUCCUGGACAUGUUCGGAUUCGAGGACUCCGAACCCAGCCAACUGGAGCAUCUGUGCAUCAACCUGUGCGCCGAAACAAUGCAACACUUCUACAAUACUCAUAUCUUUAAGUCUAGCAUAGAAUCUUGCCGAGACGAAGGCAUCAACUGUGAAAUAGAAGUCGAUUAUAUCGACAACGUACCUUGCAUCGAUCUGAUAUCUUCGUUACGCACCGGUCUCUUGAGCAUGUUGGACGUCGAGUGUUCUAUCAGAGGCACGGCGGAGUCUUACGUAUCGAAGAUCAAAGUACAACACAAACAGAACACCAGACUGUUCGAUCCGAAGAGUUCCCGUUUGUUUGGCAUCCAGCACUUCGCCAAUCGGGUGGUUUACGACGCUUCCCUCUUUCUGGAUACCAACAAGGAUGUCGUGCCGGACGAUUUGGUUGCCGUUUUCUACAAGCACAGUUGCAACUUUGGGUUUGCCACCCAUUUGUUCGGGAGUGAGUUGAAGGCUUUGUACGCCACGGAGAAUGUGCCUAGGGGCGUCAGUUUUAGGAUAUCCCCAACUUCCCAUACCGAUCUACUGAAUGGCGAUGAACCAGUGUCGACUUUAACCCAAGAUUUCCACACGCGUCUGGACAACUUACUAAGGACCCUAGUCCACGCCAGGCCUCAUUUCGUGAGGUGCAUCAGGAGUAACCCUCAAGAAAUACCAAACAGGUUCGAUAGAAUCAUGGUCGUACGACAAGUGCGGUCGUUACAAGUUUUAGAAACUGUCAAUCUAAUGGCUGGUGGUUACCCUCAUCGGAUGCGUUUCAAAGCGUUCUGUGCCAGAUACAGACUGUUGGCUCCAUUCACCAGGAUGCACAGAACCGAAGAUAAGAUAAUUGAAGAUUGUAACGUCAUUUUGCAACACGUGAUCGACGUCAUGGGCAAACCCCAGCUUAUAUCCACCAGUUGGGCUAUGGGCAAACGCCAUAUCUUCUUGAGCGAGGGUUUGAGGCAGUACCUUGAAAACCUCCGUACGGAAACUCGUCAGAAGGCAGCUUACCUCAUACAAGCCGUUUGGAGGGGUUACAAGUGCAGAGUGAGAUUAGCGACGACAAAACGCCAUAAAAACAACGAGAACAAUAAAAAAGCCAUAAAUAGAUCAACGAAUAACGGCACAAUACGUCCAAGACCGCAGCCCAUAGCUGGAACACCUCCACCGGACAUGAACGACAAGUGUGACGCAAAAAUCAUCCAGCAAACGUGUACACUGUUCGGGUUGGAUUUGGAGAGACCACCCCCUGUUCCGCCUAGUCGGUCUUACACAGUGGCUGGAAACACCAAGCUAGGUUACCCCCAAACGCGCAUAAUGAAAAUGUCUUUUCCUGAAAAUAACAGCAGCAGUGGUGUUAUACUGGCAAAAGGCGACACAGUAUUAGUUGUGGGUGCUUCUCAUAGGAGGGGCCACCUCAUAGUGGAACAUGACAACACUACACUGCACGUUCCUUUUCAGUUUUUGGAGUUGAAACAGAGCGUUAAUAUUUGAUUCAUUGUAUCGAAUUCAGCUUUUUUUAUCGUUAUUCCUAUCGUCAAGGUGCCAAACUCUGGCGGAAUCAAAUUUUUUUAUCGAAUUUGGGGCCACUCGAUCAUUUUUCCAGUUUCCGAUUUUAUCAAAAUUAUAUUGAGGGAGAUGAUCCUGCGACUAGGUUGAAAAUACGAUUGGGACAAGACAUAAACCAGUUAAAGUUAAUUUUUGCAUCACAGUGUUUAUUCCCAGCAAUAGGUGGUGAUUUUUAUACAUCAAAAGUCAAUGGAACCAAUCUUGUGUGGUGCCAAUAUAGUCUUCAAUGAAAACAAAGUAAUCAAGUAUUGUGAUCAUCUCCCACAUGAUGAACUUUUCACUGCUCCAAAAUUUUCAUCAUUUCGUCGAAAAUAAAAUAACCGAUAUCGAAAUUGGAAAAAAAAACAGCCCCAUUUUCCGCUUAACCAUUUCCGCCAGAGAAAAUUUUAAUGUAGUUCUUAAAUAUUUAUUACUCUACUAUAAUAAAUGUAGAUCCUUGCCAGAAUUCAUUAUACCCGUAAGUUAUUAAUGAUUUACUCAUUUUGUACAAAUUAUAUUUUUUAAGAGAAGAGAUGAAUAUAUCCUUUUAACUCUAAA